AUGUCCCACUCGGGCGCCGCAGUAUUCAAGAAGGUCUCAGGGAUCCUGACUAUAGAUGAAGAGGCAUCGCCAGCUGAGCUGUUAUGGAGGUCAACCGAUGGUGACAAGACGCAUAAGGUCGCAUUGAACACCAUCGACAAAUUGCAAGCUACGCCAGCGUCUAGCGAAAAGAUGAUGCUAAGGCUUAUAGGCAAAGCGAAUGAAGCCAAGAAACGCAAAGAUGCUGAUGGAAAUGAGGUCAAAGCUCCAUUACCUAGUCAUGUAUUCUCAUUCAACAAUAGAACUGUGAUGGACAAUAUCAAAGAGACUCUUCAGCUUAUUAUUGCCCGUUAUAAAGACGAAGAGGUUUUUGAGGAAAAAAAGCGCAAAGAGUCCAGCCUCGCGCCUGCGCCUUCCGAGGCUGCUCCUUUGAUCAACACCUCAACGCUGGACGACUCUCUCUCUCGCGAGAAGCUUCUCACGAACCUCAAGCUUCAGCAAUCUUUACUAAAAGAAAAUAAAGGCUUAAUGAAAACGUUUCAAGAAGCUGUCAUAAAUUCAGGGCUGCCGCCUGAUGAAUUCUGGUCUACCAGGAUUCCACUUUUACGAGCCUUCGCUCUUACCACUUCUCAAAGAACGGGUCCUUACAAUGUCCUCUCGACAAUCAAACCCGUGGCAUCAUCUGACAACAAGGUCAAUGUGAGUGUAUCAAGAGAGAAAAUUAUGACUAUCUUCCAAACCUAUCCGAUCGUGAAGAAGGCGUAUGAUGACAAUGUGCCUAAAAACUUCAAAGAGCAGGAGUUCUGGGCUCGAUUUUUCUCGUCCAAAUUAUUCCGGAAACUGAGAGGUGAGCGAAUUAUGCAAAGUGACCGUGGUGAUAUGAUCAUUGAUCGGUACCUUACUCUAGAUCAAGAAUUUGACAGAAAGGACGACGAAAUGCUACAACACCCGGUCAAAAAGCUCAUUGACUUGGACGGUAACCAGUAUGACGACCCAGAAAGGAAAGGAAACAAGCCAGACUUUACAAUGAUACCGGGGGUUGACGUGAACGGAAAUACAGAUGGAGUUGUAGAUAUCCUGAAGGGCAUGAACAGGUUAAGCCAAAAAAUGAUCAAGUCGUUGGAGAAUGAGUAUUCUAGAACAAAUCUAGCUGCUGAUGAUGCAGAUAAGGAAGAACGAGAAGAGCUGCUCUAUAGUGACCUUGAAGAGGAGGAUGAAGCAACUUACAUAGAGAUAAAGGUUAAGCAACGAAUGGCCGCCGUUAGAGAAACUGCUGGUACAGAGCAUAAAGGUGAGAGAUUUAAAGUGGGUACGAAAGAAAUAUCCCAUCAACUUAAUUUGCUGCUCGACGGGCUAACAAAGUCAAUCGACUUAACAAAGGUUGCCAACGAUGAUAAAAAAGCUAAUAACACUGCUAAUCAGAACGUUAUAAAAGCCGUCAAAAUUAAUGCCAAACAAGCGAAAAACACCAACUUCAACGCAGUGGUUGGAGCGAAUACUGGUAUAACGACUAUCGAGUCAACAAAGGAAAUUGAAACCCCUUUACCUGGUGACCUAUUAGAAAGCUGCCGUGUCUUACACGGAACUUGCUGUGAGUUUUUGAAGCACUUUUAUAUCCACUUUCAGAGUGGUGAAGCCCGACAAGCACCCACGGUCAAAAAACUGUAUGGAUUUCUCAAGCAAUGCCCAGAAAAGGUUAAUAAGCUACUUAACAAGGUCCAAGGCUCGACAGACAAACAGGGUGAAACGCUAGCGAGUAGCUGCAAUGCAUACCUGAGCUCAGUGCUAGGCUCAUUGAAUCUGGCCAUUGAAAAGUACGAGCUUGCUGUAGCAGAAGCGAAUGCAGCUAAUGCAGCAAAUGCGGCGAGCUCUGCCGAAGUAGUUUAG